AUGUACGGAAUCCCUCUUCCACCAUCUCUCAAAGAGUCACUGGACGGUACCAACGUCGAAUACUGCCAACUGGGAAAAUCUGGCUUGCGAGUUUCCUGCCCGAUAUUGGGCGCAUUGUCCUUCGGACCCCCUCAGCCAGUCGCACCAUGGCUUCUAAACGAAGAGGCGUCACUCGAAGUCUUGAAAGCAGCUUACGACUGUGGCAUCAACACCUGGGACACAGCAAACGUCUACUCAAACGGGGCAAGUGAGGAGAUUAUUGGCAAGGCAAUCCAAAAAUUCAACAUUCCCCGGGAGAAGGUCGUGAUUAUGACGAAGUGCGCAUUCCAUGUUGGCGAAGAGAUAGACGUCAUCGGCGCGGCCUUCGCAGACGAACUGAACCAAAGCAAAGACUAUGUCAACCAAGGAGGCUUGACCCGGAGCGCUAUCUUCCAUGCAGUCGACGCCUCCCUAGCCCGUCUAGGAACCACAUACAUCGACCUACUGCAGAUCCAGCGCUAUGAUCCCCUAACACCACCCGAGGAAACAAUGAAAGCCCUACACGAUCUCGUACAGGCAGGCAAAGUCCGGUACCUUGGUGCAAGCUCCAUGUGGGCCACGCAAUUCGCCCAGCUGCAGUUUCUGGCCGAAAAGAACGGAUGGACCAAGUUCAUCAGUAUGCAGAAUUACUACAAUCUCUGCUACCGCGAGGAAGAGCGUGAGAUGAACCGUUACUGUAACGAGACUGGUGUUGGUCUUAUGCCCUGGUCGCCGUUGUUUGCGGGACGGUUGGCUCGUCCGGUUGGAAGUGAGAGUUCAGUACGAUCUAAGCGGCCCUCAUAUCACCAUGCUGGCUUGACCGAGGCCGACAAGACUAUCAUCGGGCGUGUUCAGACAGUUGCUGAGAAGAAGAACUGGAAUAUGAGCCAUGUUGCUUUGGUCUGGCUUAGGAGUAAAGGUACCAUUCCAAUUGUGGGUUGCACUUCUGUUGACAAGAUUGAGGAUAUGGGUGGGUUGAAAGGGAAGGUGUUGACAGAUGAAGAUAUGGCAUACCUGGAGGAAGCCUAUGAAGCGAGACCGGUAGCUGGUCACUUCUAG